AUGAAUCCCACUCCAAAGCAGAUCCUCGAUAUUGAGGAUGCUCUAGUCACUGAUGAUAACCCACCGCGUUAUAUCAACGACGGUACUCUCGACUAUGAGCGAUGCGCUAGACUACACAAUUACCUGGUCGCGUACGACUGGAUGGCUCGCCACAGAACAGAUACGCCUAAACUAGAUGCGCUAGCUCGCGAAAAGUGGUUUUGGGCUGAAUCAAAUGAAGGUAUACAAGCCACUCGUGAGCGUCUUAUUCCGUCACUCAAUUCGUUCCUAGAUUUGAUAUACGACCCUGAGCCUGAAUUCUUCUACUGGGUCGGGGGUCUUAUAAUGAGUUUUGAAGACGGAAUUCUACCCUAUGAAUAG